AUGGCCGACAAGGAGGAGGUAUUGGAUGGUUCGGAACCAUAUGAGCCCUCCGCGCUGUACCGACCCUACCUCGUGCCUCAAAACAAAGACUACGAGGACAUCCGUAGGAUAUACUCCGAAGGCCUGAAUGCGUCUGUCGCAUUCCUGACCUUGCCUCGCUCAAACAAGGAGACUGAUGACCUCGACGCCUUUCUCAGUUCGUGCUUAUGCUCAUUCUCGCCGGCCAAGAAUGCGACAGAGGCGAGACUGUUGCUGUGGCUGCACGCAUUCGAGGCUGCUCGUCGGCUCAUCCUCCGGGACUUAACCGAAGCGUUCAUCCGCCAUCUUGGCGGUGUACUCAACCAUGCAGUUGAAUCAAGGACUGUUGGGGGUACUACUGCGAUGGGUGGCCUUAGCAAGCACCGUAACAAGCAUGCCGGAAAGCCUCUUUGGCCGACGGACCCCAGCCAACUCAUCCCUUACGGCCUUCAGCAGGAUAAAGCGGCGUACCACCCAGGGAUUCUCCACCAGCAUGCGGUUAUGCUCACCUCUAUUGAGGACCCUCUGAGCUCGGCCUUCGAUGGGUUCGGCUGGGCGUCCAGGGCGCGGCACUGCUGCGCGCCAGAGUGUGGCGAAACGUUCGCCACCGCCGGCCGCGCCUUCGCCCGCUGUUCAGGCUGCAGCGUCCUGCGCUACUGCUCGCGUCCGUGCCAGUCACGCGCAUGGAAGCAUGCGACGGUCCCGCACAAGGAUGUCUGCAUGAAGCUGCGCGUGCUGAGGGAGCGGACGCACCUCCCGCAGGAUCGAGAGUUGAAGCGCGAGCGCGAUCGCCAGGCGUUCGUUGAGGCGUGCAGCGCGGAUGGGGAGCUCGCGAUGUUUGCGCAGGACUGGGGGAUGCAUUGGCACGAGUUGACCCACACGCGGCGGAACCACGGUGGAGGCUUCAAAUUGGAUGAGUACCGGGUGUGGGAGAUAUCGCCAGCUACCGGGCUCGGUGUCCAGAUUGCUGGUUCGAGUUGA